CAACACUAGCCCUGCAUGAUGUGAAACGCUUCUCACCAUAUGCAUGUGUGACGGGUUCCAGAGGUUCGUCUGACUUCAGCAAACCUAUCUGCUAUGAGAUAAAGGCUAUUGCACAAUUGCUCGAGAAGAACUGAAGAACGCGCGCUUAACAGGCACGUCUCAGCGCAGCUCCUGUUUUCUGCAGCGUGUCACCUCUGCUGCUGAUGUGAAAGAUGAGUUUGUGUGGCAGGAAGGCAUUGACACUCCUCAGCAGUGUGUUUGCUGUGUGUAGUCUGGGGCUGCUGGCUAUUGCGGUCAGCACUGACUACUGGCUUUACCUGGAGGAGGGGGUCAUACUGCCUCUUAAUCAGAGCACUGAAAUCCGUAUGUCUCUCCAUUCAGGGCUGUGGAGAGUCUGUUUCCUUGCAGGAGAGGAGAAGGGGCGCUGCUUCACUAUAGAGUAUGUGAUGCCUAUGAAUGUUCAGAUGACGUCAGAGUCUACUGCCAGCGUUCUGAAAAUGAUUCGCUCUGCUACUCCUUUCCCACUGGUCAGUCUAUUCUUCAUGUUCAUUGGCUUUGUGCUGAGUAAUAUUGGACACAUCCGCCCUCAACGCACUAUUCUGGCCUUCAUCUCUGGAAUCUUCUUCAUCCUGUCAGGUCUGUCCCUGGUGGUGGGUCUGGUCUUGUAUAUAUCCAGUAUUAAUGAUGAGAUGCUAAACAGAACAAAAACGAAUGAAGCUUAUUUCAGUUACAAAUAUGGAUGGUCUUUUGCUUUUGCUGCAGUUUCCUUCCUGCUUACUGAGGUGGCAGGUGUAAUGUCUGUCUACCUGUUUAUGAAGCGGUACACUGCAGAGGAGAUGUACAGGCCACAUCCGGGUUUCUACCGACCUCGCCUCAGCAACUGUUCUGACUAUUCUGGCCAGUUCUUGCAUCCAGAUGCCAGGGCUCGUGGACGCAGUCCCUCAGACUUCUCCAGUGAAGCAUCUCUUCAGAUGAAUUCAAGCUACCCUGCCCUUCUCAAAUGUCCUGACUAUGAUCAGAUGUCCUCAUCGCCAUGUUGAGAUUGCAAUUACACAAUAGUGAAAUCGAGAAAAAAAAGAGCUCUAGCUAGUUCGUAAAGAUGCCAUACUGGAAUGGCUUUGGCACCAGAGAUCAUGUUGUGUUUUGGACAAAGGAUAAAUGUUAUUUCCUUGUCUUUGAGAGCCUUCAGUACUAAUGCAGUUAUUCUGAGUUUAAUACAUCAAUUGAUGGUAUCAUUUUCUGUUAUUUGUAGUGUACCACACUGAUGUGUAGCUAAUAGUACCUCUGCCGUUUUUCUUAAAGAAAAAAGUUUUUUGAGUAAUUCCAUUCAAACUGUCAGUUGGUCUCUUUGUAGAAUUUUAAUCAGAACUGCAGCUUUAAUUAAAAUCAGAUGUAUGUUUUUAUAGAAAAAUAGAGAGCUAAAAAUGUAAUCUACAAGUAUUCAAUGAUUAUAUUUAAAGAUUCAUAAUGGCCAUAAAAACACAUGCUUGAUGAGAAGAUACAUGCUAAUGUGACUCACCAUUAAUCUGGUUUCUGCCUUUAUGCACUUUAAGUAACCAUAACACAAAGCUUAAAAAUAUUGACAUUAUAUUACUAUGUGUUGUCACUGGUGGUGAGACUAGCUGUGGUCUUUUGAUUAAGAGGCAUUUUGUGUUUGAUAUGAAUGUUAAUAUUAUUUGUUUUUUUAUUUUAUGUUUACUUUUAUUUAUUUAUUUAUAGUGCUUUACAUUCUGAGUUAAUCGGAACUAAUCAGAAGAUCAACACAUCAGUGAUGCAAAGACAAUUUCUUUUUUUUUUACAAGAAAACCAUUCUGUUAUUAUUGAUUGUUUCACUGUGUGUAUAAAAAGAAUAAACAUAAUGAAA